AUGUCUCUCAAAGCUAUUUUGGGUGCGGCCCUACUGCUCUCGGUCCAACAAGUCGAUGCAGUCGUGGUUUCUACCCUCGCCAGAAACCUUACAAUCCCAAAGAGUUUUGCUCUUGCGUCUUACAGACUUGUCGACAACUACAACUCGGGCAACUUCUUCAAUUCAUUCAACUUCUACAGCGGUGCUGAUCCAACUCACGGAUAUGUCAAUUACCGAACACAAGGAGAUGCUCAGAAUAUGGGAUUGAUCAAUAGCAAUAAUGGUCAGAUCUAUAUGGGAGUUGACCACACCACGAAAAACCCAUCCGCUCCUGGUCGCUCUUCAGUUCGAGUUAGCAGCAAGAAAUCUUACACUCAUGGACUUUUCAUCGCGGAUAUUGCUCACAUGCCUGGGAAUGCUUGUGGUGUCUGGCCUGCAUAUUGGCUCUUUGGUCCUAACUGGCCAGCAUCAGGAGAAAUCGAUGUGAUUGAAGGUGUUAAUCUCGCCGGUAACAACGCCAUCACCCUUCAUACUUCCUCAGGCUGCAGCAUGAACAUCGCUGGUUCCCAAUCCGGCACCACUCUCUCCGACUCCAACUGCAACUCCGGGAACGGCAACAAUGGCUGUUCCGCGGCUACCACCACGCCCAACGCCUACGGCGAUAGCUUCAACAACAACGGUGGUGGCGUCUACGCCAUGCAAUGGGAGUCCUCUGGCAUUUACGUCUGGUUCUUCCCACGUAACAAUAUCCCAGCAGACAUCAAGAACGGCGCGCCUGUCACGGGCAACUGGGGAUUACCUGUUGUCGCGUUCAAUGGUGGUUCUGGGUGUAAUGUUGAUCAGCAUUUCCAGAACCAGAAUAUUGUGUUUGAUACUACUUUCUGUGGUGAUUGGGCUGGUUCCGUGUUCAGCACUGGAAGCUGUUCUGGCAAAGGGAGUUGUGAGAGUUAUGUUGCGCAAAAUCCAGGGGCUUUUAAUUCGGCGUAUUGGACUGUUAAUUCGGUUAAGGUUUACUCUUUGUAG